AUGAUAACUACUAGAGUAAACGAACAGAAAAAUAAUUUCAUAGGAAGAAGUAUUUCUGGAAUAUCAAUGAAAGGCAUUAAAGACACAAUAUUUGCAUCUACAAAAGAACAGAUUAAUUUAAGAAACAAAUGCAUACUAAUUGGUAUAAUAGUAAUUAUAUUAUUAGCUAUAGCAGUAUGGAGGGUACCCGCAUAA